CAAGGGACACCGACUGUCACAACAACAUUACAGCAACUACUGGGGAUACAGAACAAUAGCAGAGGGAGAGCGAUCGAGAACCCUUCUUUAGCUCGAUCUCUCUCCAUACAUAAAGUUUUUAAUACUGGAGGCGAAACACCCCCUCUCCAUCUCCCUGCACAACAACUACACGACAGGCAAGGCAGGACGGUUCUCCGUGUUGUCUGUGGAGCAAAUGAUGACAGCCAAGACGGUAGACAAAAUCCCAAUCAACUUCAGUGGGUUUGUGCAUCAGUUUCCUGAAAGCAUUUACCCAGUGGAGGACAUCGCGACCACACUGCCAAAUUCAGUGAUCAACUUUCCCAAUGGUGACUUGGGAGGACCGUUCGACCAGCUGAGCGGUGUGACAGGAGAUGGCCUGAUCGGCGUGGACAUGAGCGACAAGAGGUCCCUGGAGCUGCCUUACACCUGCAGCAGCUUCGCGCCGGCCUCGCGCGGCCAGCCUUUCACCUACAUGGGCAAGUUCUCCAUCGACCCGCCGUACCCCAGCACAGGCUGCUACCCAACCGAGGGCAUCCUCAAUUUGAUGAGCGCCGGCAUCCUGCAGGGGGUGGCGGCCGCCCCAUCGUCGUCGUCGUCCUCCUCGUCCGCCCCAUCUUCUUCCUCGGCCACCUCGUCGUCCGCCGCCUCCUCGGGAUCCCCUAGCUCGCUGGGCUGCGCCAUGGCGCCCGCCGGCGGCGAUCUGGAGCACAUCUACUCGCCACCUCCACCCCCGCCGUACUCGGCCUGCGGGGAGCUCUACCAACCGCAGCACCCACAGCAGGCGCCCCCGGAUGGCGCCUCGGCUUUUCUGACCGCCUCCACGGGGCCCUAUCCUCCGCCCCCUUCCUACCACCACUCCCCCAAGACGGUGACGCCCUCUGGAGCCGACGGCGGCGGCCUCUUCUCGAUGAUCCCGGACUACGCGAGCUUCUUCCCCCCGCCCCCGCCGCCCUCGCAGUGCAGCCAGCGCGAGCUCCACGGGGCGAGCGAGCGCAAGCCUUUCCCCUGCGCGCUGGACUCGGUGCGCGUCCCGCCCCCACUCACGCCCCUCUCCACCAUCCGCAGCUUCACCCUUGGCGCGCCCCCUGCCGGCCUCGGCGAAGGGCCCACGUCGGGGCCGGCGGCGCGCUUGGCGCCAGGCGCCUACGGCAGCCCGGCCAAUCUGCCCCUGCGCCCCAUCCUGCGGCCUCGCAAGUACCCGAACCGGCCCAGCAAGACGCCGGUGCACGAACGGCCUUACCCGUGCCCGGCCGAAGGCUGCGACCGGCGCUUCUCACGCUCCGACGAGUUGACGCGGCACAUCCGCAUCCACACGGGCCACAAGCCCUUCCAGUGCCGCAUCUGCAUGCGCAACUUCAGCCGCAGCGACCACCUCACCACCCACAUUCGGACUCACACCGGCGAAAAGCCCUUCGCCUGCGACUUCUGCGGCAGGAAGUUCGCCCGGAGCGACGAGAGGAAGCGCCACACCAAGAUCCACCUGCGCCAAAAGGAGCGCAAAGUCGCUGCCGCCGCCGCCGCCUCCUCCUCCAGUGGCCCAGCCUCCUCUUCUGGCAGUGGCGCGCCUCCGCCCAGCUCCAUCUGUUCAAGCGGCGGAGCCGGGCUGGCCUCCUGCGCCUCUAGGACCCGGACGCCCUGAUUCUCCUUGGGCCCCUUUUGGCUCUGUCUGGACUACAACAAGCACCGCGCGUGGGGGGCCUUCGCGCCAUCGACCGAUCCAGCCGCCUGCGUGAGUCCAGCAGGUGAUCGGGAAAAGAGGAAUCCCCCUCCCCACCCCUUGUGUAUGCUGGGGUGAGCUGCUUUACGAACUGUGCGGUGGGCGAUCUGGUCAAACGGGACUUGGGAAAGCGCCUUUGCACAGACGCUCCGGCCGGUACUUUCCUAAAGGGCCGGGGAGGAAAGGGUUAUGGGGGAAGCGGGAGGGCAGGACUGUCGCGCGCACUUUAUAGCUUCACUGACUCCCCCUCCAGUGAAUCCAGCAGCAGGGAUCACUUGUUACUUGCCAAAGCCGUCCAAAAAACAAAAACAAAACUGAAACCGUGUGUUGCUAAAGACCGAAAUUCUUCAUUAUUUUUCUUAGCAAUAUAAAUGCAACUAAUAAAGCAGCGGCCCGCGGCACGCUUACUUACGAGCGAGUUCUGUUGAAACUCAAGGGAAGUAAAUGUGUUCCGGGGCUGUGGUACUACUCUUCGAGAAGAAAAGUGCAAUGAGGACGGGGCCGGGCGAGUUGAUGGGCGUGGCAAUAUCUGCCCCCCCCUUUUUUUUUGGUAAAGGAAAGGUACUUUCCAGAUUUUAAAUGGCUAUGUUUCCUCUCUCCCCACUGUGUAUUUCCUCGCUCUUUCCGAUAUUUUGUGCGUGUGAGAGUGUAUGCCUUUUUUUUUUUUUUAAGAAACAAUGUGCACUGUUCUUAGCCUCUCUAAAGGAGAGGAAAAUUAGAAUCAAGCUGACAGAUCGGAGAGAUUUAACUUAUUAUUUAAAGAGAGGCUGUACAUACGUUCUCUGAUAUCUGGGUGCAUGCAAUCGUGUUGAACUGUCCUUGGUGCCUUUCUUUGAUGUAGACAAUGGUUCAGUGGCUACAUGUAAAUUGUUUGCCUUAUUAAUUAUAAUGGGGAUGGAGGAACACAAAACAAAGUUUUCAACUCCCUGAUUUACUAUAGCUGUAUAUUUCUGCCUAUUAAUAUUUGGAAUUUUCUAGAAACUCUAUUUUUGUAUGCACUGGUGUUUUUUUGUGUGACUUACCAAGUGUUGCUUUUGUAGUAAUAAUAAUAAUAACAAUUAAAAAGAAGAAUGUAAAUACUCUUUCUAGGGCCAAACAGAGGGGAGUUUGGUUCAGCACAGGGGCGAAAAGAGAAAUGUAUUAUUCUAAUAAGACAUGACCACUAACUGGGACCAUCACCAAGAAAGGUGGUUUUGCCAUUAUUAUUGUGUAAAUAAAUAAUUGUUUUGUGGAGGGAAAAACACCCAAC